ACGUUAACUCCCUUAACCGUAAUCAAAACCUUCCUCUUAAAUCCUUCAACCUCCACCACCUUAUAUAAAUAUAUCUCUAACCCUUCUUCUUUUUUGACUUUCUUCUUUAAUCCAAACCCUUCAAGUUUGAACACACACACACUCACAGAGAGAGAGAGAGAGAGAGAGAGAAUAGAAGAAUGGCUGAUUGCAUAGAAGGAGGAGAUAUGGAGGCAGGAACCCAGACAACGACGACAACAAGGAAGGAUAGCGAAAGCAGAGUUUGUGCAUCUUCUGCAGUUGUUGUUCUAACCCAGAAAUUUAUUGCGGAGGUGAUAGGAACUUACUUUGUUAUCUUCGCCGGAUGUGGAUCGGUGGUUGCUAAUAAGAUGUACGGCGGAUCUGUUACUUUUCCGGGGAUCUGUGUUACCUGGGGUUUGAUAGUUAUGGUUAUGGUUUACUCCGUCGGUCAUAUCUCCGGUGCCCAUUUCAACCCGGCGGUGACACUCACUUUCGCCAUCUUCCGGCACUUCCCUUGGGGUCAGGUUCCUCUUUAUAUGUUGGCUCAAGUAUUAGGAUCAAUCUUUGCCAGCGGCACCUUGAGCCUAGUCUUUGAUGUCAAACCAAAGCAUUUCUUUGGUACAACUCCUACUGGUACUGAUCUGCAGUCUCUAGCGAUUGAGAUUGUCAUCUCUUUCCUGUUAAUGUUUGUCAUCUCUGGAGUUGCCAUGGACAACAGAGCGAUUGGAGAACUUGCCGGAAUUGCAGUCGGAAUGACAAUAAUGUUAAAUGUAUUCGUUGCUGGGCCUGUAUCUGGAGCAUCCAUGAACCCUGCGAGGAGUCUCGGUCCUGCUAUUGUUAUGCACACCUACAAAGGUCUUUGGGUUUACAUAUUGGGGCCGCCCAUUGGAACAAUUCUUGGAGCUUUAGCUUAUAACCUAAUCAGGUUUACAGACAAACCACUGAGGGAGCUUACCAAGAGUGGAUCAUUUCUCAAGAGCAUCUCAAAAAAUUAAUUUAGCUUUACCUCAAUCAAUCCUUUGAAUUUUAGACAUGUUCUAGAUAAUGAAGUAACACAACUGAGAGACGUGGAUUCGGAGCAAAUUGUAUCUAUUGAGGGGAGAAUGUAUUAUGUUAUGCAAGUCAGCGAUAUAAACGUAUAAUCAAAAAUUCGAAUUUGAUUCGUAUCCAAA